AUGGCUUACAGAAAUAUGGUGUCAAUGAAGAUAAGGCAUCCAAAAGCCACUGCCAGUAUUUGGUCAUCAGGAAAGAUAACAUGUACUGGAGCCACAAGUGAAGAGGAAGCAAAGAAGGCUGGUAGGAAGGUGGCGAGGGCAUUGCAAAAGUUGGGCUUCAACGUCAAGUUUGCUAGUUUCAGGGUUGUCAACGUACUGGCCACCUGCAUCUUACCCUUCGCAAUCAGGAUUCAAACUUUCUCAGAUGAAAACAGAAAUAACGCCAGUUAUGAACCAGAACUGCACCCAGGAGUUACGUACAAAAUAAAAGAUCCAAAGGCAACAUUAAAAGUGUUUUCCACAGGGAGUAUAACUGUUACAGCUCCCCGUGUUUCCAAUGUGCAGUCUGCCAUUGAACAUGUUUAUCCUCUGGUCUACGAGCACAAAAUGUACAAGCCUCCUUCCUCUGUAAAGACUCUGCCAGAAGCCGCAGUGGAAGUAUCAGGCCCCACUAAAAUAAAGCGGAAGAAACCAAAAAUUACAAAAUCAAUAGACUUGGAUGAGGAAGACGAGUGCAGCUCAUUUGAGUCAAGUGGUGACGAGAGUUUCAGCUCAGAUGCCAGUUUUGACUGA